GCAUCGGACGUCGUUGGAUCCCCGAGGAGCUACCGCUCGCGCAGGAAAAAGAUCAUGCCACCAUCAAAAGCACCAUCACCACCGUCGCAGUACCGGAGUCGCGAGAGCCAAAGCUGGCUGUGGCUUCUAUCCUCGGAGAAGAAGCUGUUGCCCCGGCUACAAUCAAAGGUGCAGCAGAGAAGCAGUCGUUGACAGUGGGCAAGAAGGC